AGGUGGACGGCACGAAGACGUCCGUUAUGUGCUGUUUUCCAACUAUUUAAAUGGGGGAUAGGCUUCAUUUCUGCGGGAUCUGGUGGUCGACGGUUCCGCGUAGAUCUUCUCGCCGCUCGGAUCCUACAAGCGCUGUCUCUGUUCCUCUCUUGUGAAGAUGGGGCUGUCUUUCACCAAACUCUUUAGUCGGCUUUUUGCCAAGAAGGAGAUGCGUAUUCUUAUGGUUGGUCUUGAUGCUGCUGGUAAGACCACCAUUUUGUAUAAACUGAAGCUUGGAGAGAUUGUGACAACCAUCCCAACCAUUGGAUUUAACGUGGAAACUGUGGAAUACAAGAAUAUCAGCUUCACUGUUUGGGAUGUUGGUGGUCAAGACAAGAUCCGUCCUUUGUGGAGACACUAUUUCCAGAACACGCAGGGCCUCAUCUUCGUGGUAGACAGCAAUGACAGAGACCGUGUUGUUGAGGCAAGAGAUGAGCUUCACAGGAUGCUUAAUGAGGAUGAACUGAGAGAUGCAGUGCUGCUUGUCUUUGCAAACAAACAAGACCUUCCGAAUGCAAUGAAUGCUGCAGAGAUCACCGAUAAGCUUGGCCUCCAUUCUCUUCGUCAACGCCAUUGGUAUAUCCAGAGCACCUGUGCCACCUCAGGAGAAGGUUUGUACGAGGGAUUGGAUUGGCUCUCAAACAACAUCGCUAACAAGGCGUAGAACUUCCUAGUGGUAUUUCUGCAUCAGAAGCCAAAAUACAAGUACAUGGAGGUUCAGCGUACUAUCUAGACGAACAUUUAUAUAUAUUUGCUUGUUGACCGCACUACUGCUGCCUUCCAUAAUUCUAGAAUUUGUUAUUGUUUAGGGGGAUGUUAUCUUGAAAUUGCUUUAACGUUGCGCAACACUCAUUUAUUCCUGUUUUUUUUGUUCUACGCAAAUGCUUUUGCUUCUUUGCUUUAUUCUACGUCUUUUGUAAUGGAUCAAAUUGAAAUUUCUUCGUUGCA